GUAUUUUUGUGGCCGGUGUUUUUCCUGGUGUACUAUAUUAUAUUACAAAAUGGUAUAAGAAUUCCGAGCAGUUUUUCGCUGGUACCAUGUUUGCUGGUGCAUUUAGUGGACUUUUGGCAUUCGUUAUUAUGGGUUUGGAUGGUAAAGGUUGGCAAUGGAUUUUCCUCAUUGAUGACCUGGCAAUGGUUUUUGUUGCGCUUUUCUCUUAUUAUUUAAUUUCGAGUUAUCCAGAAACCACCACUUGGAUUACAGAGAAUGAACGAAAGAUAGUUAUUAAUCGUUUACAGCUUGAUUCAGGACACAUUAAUACUAAUACAACUGAUUUAGAUAAAUCUCGGAUUUUCGAAGCUUUUAAGGAUUGGGUAGGUUCACAGAUAUUACGUGUAAAUAGGUUAAAAUCAUUUCAUGCUCUUAAUUUAUUUUAUUAUUCCGCUCGUGAGAAAGUCUACAUAGCUUCACUUAUACAAUUUACUACGUCACUUACUGGACAUGCUUUCUCUUUCUUUCUUCAAGCGAUUGUAAAUGGUUUGGGAUUUGAUUCUG